CCAUGCGUACUGAGUACCUUCCUACUUAUGUAGAGUACGCAUAUUUUAGGAAACCACUUCGUUAAACAACCUUUACAGAACUAUUACGAAAAUCUAAAUAAGGUUCGCCAUAUACCAUGCAGUUUCCUUAGCUAACUCUAAAGGAAACUUCACUGUAGGCGGGACAGCGAUGAUGAUUCACUUACCUACCUGGUACCUAGUGAGUUUCCAAAUAUCAAAUGGUCCCGAGGUCGCGACUGUAUAAUAAACUAAAUAUAUACCACUGCCCUCCCCAACCCAAGAAACCGACCUAAGCAGAGAAGCAGGAGCGAGUAGCAACUCUGGUCACGAGAGAAGCGACAGGUUGGGAACAGCACCUACAGAAGGGAAAGAACUAUGAGACAUCCCCUAUUCACAUGCUCAACACCAUAGGAAUAGGCAUCUACACGUAUGGAUGGAUAUAUUAUGUCUCUUUUGACUCGUUCCCGACUUCCAAUUGAAAGAUCGUUUAUAAAUACCUCCCAAGUCAAAAAACUACACAUUUCUAACUUAACCAACAUCAUGAUCUGAGUCUAUAUAUCCAGCAUCAGUCUACUCGUUUCGUUAUUAUCGAUACUACCUAUAUGGAGUCAUUUUCCUUUAUCCUUUCUAUGGCCUUAAUUGUCGUACUUAUAUACGGAGUAGAUAUACUGGACUUGGCUUCUUUGACAUUCAUUUUUUUCCUAACCAGAUUUGUUUUUGCCCAAGAGUAUGGACAACUUUCCUGGGAAUCAGACGGGGGACCAGACGGGGAACCAGACGGGGAACCAGACGGGGAACCAGACGGGGAACCAGACAGAGAAUGGGAAUGGGAAUCAGACGGAGAAUGGGGAAGUGCAUCAGCUAGAGGAGGGUACGGUUGGGAAUAUUGAGGAGGAGGGUGAAGAGGGUCAAGGUGGAGAUGCUCAGGGCGGAGAGGACGAGGAGCCAUAUGAGGAAGAAGAGGAAGAGGUCUUCGAGAUCUAUAGGAUCCCCAGCCCCGAACCUGUAACCCCCGGUCCACAAGUAAAAGAGUGCAGCAUCUGCCUCCGAAGCUUUGACAACGCUUCCUUCACAACUCUCCCCUGCGGUCAUGUCUACGACAACAAAUGUAUCUUCACCUGGACCCAGAUCUGGGAUGAAGCUCUCUUCUCAGUUGGCCGCGUCAGAUGUCCCAUGUGCCGCAAAAAUCUUCUCUACAAAUGCGGCGACGUCAUUUCCCAGCACCACAUACGCCCUGGUGUCACGAUCCUACCAGAAGAGCUUAAUCUAAACUGCCAAAGCUACAUUCCAGAUACCGACACUCACUCCGUGGCUUCUUCACGUCGGCCAUGGAACCCGCAAACCAUCGCCGCACGACGAAGAGCGAUAGCGGAACAAAACCAACAGGAUCUCCCCGAGGAUGACGGAUCCGAUGAAGAAGGGCCAGAAGGCCCGCCUAAUACAAUUAAUAGCGAUGAUGAUGAUGAUAAUGAUGAUGGUGGUGGGGAUGGUGGGAAUGGUGAUGUCGGUGAUGUCGAUGCUGGUGGUGGUGUUGAUGGUGGUGAUGAUGAUGAAGAGCUCCUGAAUCAACAGAUGGCUCAAACCACUAUCCAACCCGAUGUUGCGCGUCCUAAACACUACGACUUUAGAUUCGUGACGCGCGUAACUGAAGACCUCCAUCCCAGCAUGCGGAUACAAUCCCUCGAUGACUACGAAAUCAAUAAGCAAAGCAUAGCACUUGCCAUAGACGACGGACGACUCGAUUUGAUCGAUGCUACAAUCAACGCGAUGCGGGAGGAUUACGUCCGAUUUGAGUCAACAUAUCCCACGUCCAUUCCAAUCAAUAGUCUGAUGUUCAAAGGUCUCGAGAUGCUGGCUGCGCGUGUGGUCACCAUGUACAAGCAAUUCAAGCGUCAGCACGAGGGGUUCAUCGAGCUCAGCGACGUCGCUCUCCAAUUCCGAGCUGAGAGGGAGGAUGCGAUGCACGAGCAAUUAGAUGAGUUCUGGGACUUGCUUGAGCACAUCGACUCUGAAAUGCAGAGGUGCUACGCGGAGGUAGGUGCAAGGCCUUAUUAUCUAGGAUCGCGUUAAAGGAUCAUGCUCCGUGUGUGUGGAAUAUCUUUCGGCAACUGGAAAAGGGGCUCCGGUGUAGAACUUGUCUUAUCCAUUCGUUAACGGGAUAUACUUAAGCGAAACAUACAGCGGAGUUAUAAUUAUGUUGGAAAUAGGUUGGCUUCAUAAUGAGCAACCGUUCUUGUAUCAACUACUUAGUUACUGUAGUUAGCUUAAUGAUACCAACUAGCGAGUUAUAU